AUGGAAAAACAGACACACUUUCGGCGAUAUACCAUUGGUAGUUCCGAUCGCGGUAUACUGGAUCCUGAAAGCCAGCGCGUGGGACGGAAACGAUCUCUCGUCAGAAGAGAACGCUCCGUCCGUUACAAGAAAGGAGGACGGCUAAAUAGGGCGUCGUCACUUCGCUCUCUCGAUUAUUCGCACCAUACAAAACCUCUCCGCAGAUCUUCACCCACGUUAUCUUUCACACUGGACACACUGUCGCAACAUAAUGGCGACAAACUUAUCCAGGACCUAGAGAAAAAAAAUAAGGGUAUGCCUUUUGCUCCUCCAACAGAUGUCUUGACAGCAGUGGCAGAAAACUCGGAGAGCGAUGUCCAGGGUACGGGUGGCGGCGAGCCUGACUUAUUGAGGAAAGCGCUACCUCAAUUCAAACAUCUAGAAUCGGACCCUAAAAUCACCUCGUAUUGGAAAAUGUACUGCUAUGCCAUGACAUUUUGGGCUCCUCCGCCGUUACUAUCCUUUCUCGGCUUCAAAACCAAAGAGCGACAAUAUGCUUGGAGAGAAAAGAUAGCCUUGAUUUCUAUCAUUCUUUGCACAGGCUCUAUUAUUGCUUUUCUCACCUUUGGCUUUACCAGGACCACUUGCACGGGCCUACGAAUGAGACUCAAACCCUCUGACAUCAACACCGGGUAUCUGGUAAUCAAUGGGCGUGCAUACGUUUUAGACCACUCAUCGCACCCGGCAGCAGUGGGCAUAGAAGCAGGUACCAACAUUCUGUAUCCUCCGGUCAAUGCAGGCGGUAUGGACGCGACUUUUUUGUUCCAGAAUGUCAAUGGCAACUGCAAAGGACUGAUUGUUCCGAAGGAAAACUGUACCAUUCCACAUACGGCAACUGAGCUCGCAUGGUAUAUGCCAUGCAAACUGUUUAGCCUUGAUGGCUCUAGCAAACCUAAUUUCACUCAAGUGCACUACAACGGAUAUGCUUGCCACACGUCUGCAAAAUCAAGACAGAACUUUUACAGACUAGAUAUUCAAGGGGAUGUUUACUACACAUGGGACUCCAUAACAAAAGGCUCCCGAAACCUUGUUGUUUACAACGGGUAUGUUUUGGACAUGGGACUUUUGGAUUGGUUGCAAAAAGAUGAUCUAGACUAUCCGGAAUUAUUCGACAAGCUUAAAAACGAUCCCACCAUGAAAGGACAUGAUUUAUCUUUACUCCUAACUGAGCCACACGAGCGACAGGCUGCUAAUUGCUUGAUUGAAAUCUUGAAAGUUGGGGUUGUCGACGUUGACACCAUCGGCUGCAUCGCCGCUACAAUAGUGCUAUACGUAUCUCUGGUAUUUGUUUUGUCAAUUGUCAUUGCAAAGUUCGUUGUUGCCUGCUAUUUCAAGUGGUGCGUGGCAAGAAAACAGGGAGCAUCAGUCACCUCCAUCAAAAGCUCUGCACAACGAGAUCGUUCUAUCGAAGAAUGGGUCGACGAUCCUAAUUCUGCUGCUCCCAUUUCUACCGUUCCAAUCAAGAGGAGGGCCGACUAUCACGCAAAGGUAAUGAACUAUAAGAACCUAAAACUCUCGUGGGGAAAAGAUGUAUCUGGGCUUAUUGAAGAUGACUCAAAACCUAUUUCAAUACAGGAAUACCAUCCCAAGUAUCUCACAAUGACUACAGAGGCGUUCAUUCUCACCAGCCGCGCGAAGAAAGGCAAGGUACAGCCGAAAAUGGCAUUCCAAGAGUGCUGGGGUGGAGACUGUUCUGCUCAGAACGGUCUGUUCUUGGGAACUGAAGAUAGCGACAUUCACACUUUGGGACUUGAUUUGAUAGCACCGGAUGCUAUUUGCCAGCCUCCCAUCAGCUGGGAACCGUUUGGUUAUCCUCUAGUUCAUACAAUGUGUCUUGUUACCUGCUACUCCGAGGAUGAAGAAGGGAUAAGGACCACAUUGGACUCUUUGGCUACUACAGACUAUCCGAACUCGCACAAGCUCAUUGUCGUGAUUUGUGACGGAAUCAUAACUGGAGCAGGGAAUGAUCGAUCAACGCCAGAUAUCUGUUUGGAUCUGAUGACUGGUUUUGUUGUUCCAAAGGAGGAUGUUAAGCCUUACUCUUACGUGUCGGUCGCUCAAGGUUCCAAACGACACAAUAUGGCAAAAGUCUACUCUGGAUUCUAUAAAUACAAUGAUGCAACGGUACCACCCGAAAAACAACAGAAGAACCCCAUUCUGCUGGUUGUCAAGUGUGGAACACCUUCAGAAGCAGAUAGCGCCAAACCUGGUAACCGUGGAAAGAGAGAUUCGCAAAUCAUCUUGAUGUCUUUCCUCCAGAAGGUCACAUUCAACGAUCGAAUGACGGAGCUGGAGUUUGAGAUGAUGCGGGCGAUAUGGCAAGUCACGGGAUUGAUGGCCAAUUGGUACGAGAUUGUAUUGAUGGUCGAUGCAGACACCUUGAUUUACACCGACUCCCUUACCCACAUGAAUGCAGAAAUGGUCAAGAAUCCAGACGUCAUGGGACUAUGUGGAGAAACAAAGAUAUCUAACAAAGCCCAAUCUUGGGUCACUGCGAUCCAAGUUUUUGAGUACUAUAUUUCCCAUCAUCAGUCCAAAGCAUUUGAGUCUGUUUUUGGUACUGUGACGUGUCUUCCGGGUUGCUUCUGCAUGUAUCGAAUCAAAACACCAAAGGAUCUGAAUGUAUGGGUUCCCAUCCUGGCCAAUUCCGAUAUUGUCGAGAAGUACUCGGAGAAUGUUCUCGACAGUCUCCAUAAGAAGAACCUUCUCUUACUGGGUGAAGACAGAUACCUGUCAUCGUUAAUGCUCCGCACGUUUCCAAGACGAAAACAAGUGUUUGUUCCAAAAGCAGCAUGCAAAACCGUUGUUCCAGACAAGUUCAGCGUUCUUCUCUCUCAGCGGAGAAGAUGGAUCAACUCGACGGUUCACAACUUAAUGGAGCUAGUACUCGUGAAAGACCUUUGUGGCACGUUCUGUUUCUCAAUGAAUUUCAUUAUCGCAGUGGAGCUCGUUGGAACUCUGGUUUUGCCUGCUUCCAUUACAUUCACACUUUAUAUCAUUGUGAUUUCCCUAGUCACCACACCAACCCCUGUCAUGUCCUUGAUCCUUAUGGCUAUUAUCUUUGGACUACCGGGGGUACUGAUCCUUGUUACAAUUUCGGAUUUGAGAUACAUUUUGUGGAUGUUUGUAUACUUCCUAUCCCUACCCAUAUGGAAUUUUGUGCUCCCUGCUUACGCGUUCUGGAAAUUCGAUGACUUCAGCUGGGGGGACACGAGAAAACUGCAAGGUGGUGACAAGGGAGCCCAUGAUAACAAAGAUGGUGAAUUUGAUGGAUCAUCAAUUGUCCAAAUGACAUGGAGAGAUUAUGAACGCGUCAGGUUAGGGUUGGGAGCCAAACACACCAUUCCAACAGUGUACAAUCCUACCAGCUUACAGAGCACCCUUCAGGAACAAACUCCAUCCAAUAUCUUGCUGGCUGGAGAGUCAACAUCGGGCCUGCCAGAAGCAUCCCGUGAUCCGACCACUCAAACCUACUCGUCGUAUAAAACGGCGCCCUCAAAUUCAUGA